AUCUGUCGGGCAAUUCAUGGAUAUGUGAUUGUAGAAACGAGAAACUAAUAUUAUUUAUAUCGAAUUACUCGAAUAGAAUUGAAGAUCGAGAGAAGAUAAUAUGCAGUAAUGCCAAUCAAAUGGUUAAUAUCUCCACAUCAUCUAUUUGUAAAAGAAGCUUAAGUCAAAGCAUAAACAUCAUAAUACUUAUUGGAAUCUUUUUUGGAAUUAUCAUUACAAUAUUCGUGUAUUUCUAUUAUAAGAAAUCAAUUUUAAAGUGUCUUUACAAAAAGAAUAUUUGUGGAAGAUGCAUUAAAAGACCAGAUUACGAAGAAAACUUAAAAAAAAAUGAUGCAUUUCUUGCAUUUUCACACAAGGACUUGGAUUUGAUAGACGAAUACGUUGAGAAGCUAGAGAGAGGACCUGCCCAAUAUCAACUCUGUUUUUACCAUCGUGACUGGUUGAUCGGAGAAUCCAUUCCGAAUUGCAUAGUAAACUCGAUUGAAGAUUCCAGUCGAAUAAUCAUCCUGCUAACGGAGCACUUUGUGCAGUCGUCAUGGGGUCGAUUUGAGUUCCGAUCUGCAAUUGAAGCCACAACAAUUAACAAAUACAAGCGACUUAUCAUCAUAGUAUAUAGCGGAGUCGAUCUCAAUGAUCUGGAUAGUGAGCUGAAAAACUAUUUGAAAUUCAACACAUAUCUUAGAAGAGAUGAUCCCCAAUUCUGGAAAAAGCUGAUGCUUGUCAUGCCGCAGAGGAAACAGACCGAUGUUACUCCUAAAAAUGACCUUUUAUGAGAAGAUAAAAUUAUAUUUCUUUAUUUGUAUUAUGUUAUACCUUAACAAA